AUGGAACUGAAGCAGAAGCAGCAACAGCUGCAGCAACAGCAGCAUUAUGGGCAGAAGCAACAGCAGCAGCGUUAUGGUGGUGGUGUUGAAUCUAACAACACCAACACCGUAGGAAGAGGAGUAGUAGAUGUUCCUGAUGAAAGAAAGAAAAACAACAUUCCCUUGUCUUUUCCACCUGGCUACAGGUUUCAUCCUCACGACGAAGAGCUAAUAAUUCAUUAUCUCCAAAAGAAGGUCUCAAAUCUUGAUUUGCCUUAUAACAACAUCAACGAUGUCAAUCUCUACCAAUAUAAUCCUGAAGACCUCAUAGAGAAGUAUCAGUUGUGUGGCGAGAAGUUUUGGUACUUUUUCACUCCUAGGGAUCGAAAGUAUCGGAAUGGGACCCGCCCAAAUCGAGCAGCUGGUGAUGGAUACUGGAAAGCCACGGGAGCUGAUCGGCCUAUUUAUAAUAAUAAAAAGAUUGUUGGCUACAGGAAGGCACUUGUUUUCUACAAAGGAAAGCCAACAAAAUCGUCAUCGUCCAAAACUAAUUGGAUUAUGCAUGAAUACAGAGUUCCCGAGGCGACUGAAAAUCUUCCAAGAAUAGAUGGCAGUAUGCGGUUGGAUGACUGGGUUUUAUGUAGGAUUCAUUGGAAACCUGAGAGGACUGAAAGACCUACAAAAAUUCGUCGUAAAGAAGAUGGACAGACAGCAAUCAUCGACCCAACUGUGGGGUGUGAUGAAAGUGACAAUUAUCUGAAUGACAUAGACUCAGUGGCAUUGAACUGCAAUUUCAACAGCACAGAAGAUAAUAUCACACCCAACAGUCUCUUUGGAGAAUACAAUGAUUAUGCCCUCGAUGCUUCCUUUUUAAACGACUCUGCUUACCCGUUCGAAUAUAUGAAUUCAGCGUUGGAUGCAUACAAUCAUCUCUACAACAUCGAUCAAGGGGCAUAUAAUUGGAGAAAUGCAAUCCCAAGGAGCAGAGAGCAGCCCUUCACGGCUAAGCCAGAGAACUAUGAUGUACCAUCUCAAAUCAAUCUAUUCAACAGAACCAUGAUGGAAUCGAACCAUUUGUCAAAUAACGAAUCUGUUGGCUGGGUUUGUGAUGAGCUCCAGAACCCAAAUACUGUUCUUCGGCGCACCUGA